CAGUUUUAUGUGAUAAAAAGUGAGAGAAAGAAAAAAAUGAUCAAGUUAAGAUCAAAGAGGUUCUGCAAAAGUAAUUGGAAAGUUGGAAGUGGGGCUGCGGCAGCCGGGAAAAGUAUUGUGGGAAGCAAGAGCAUUAAUUCUGGUGAAAUCAAGUGGGAAUUACGUCCAGGAGGUAUGCUAGUUCAAAAAAGAGAAUGUCACAACAUUAAUGGCGGAGAAGCAAUCAUCACAAUUCGAGUCUCAACUCUUUCUAAUUGGCAUCAUAUUUCUAUCCAACCCACUUCAACUUUUGGUGAAUUGAAGAUGAUACUGUCAAUGGUAACUGGUUUGGAACCAAAGGAGAAGAGGCUAUUAUACAGAGGGAAGGAAAGGGAAGAUUAUGAACAUUUGCACAUGGUUGGAGUGAGAGACAAGGACAAAGUGCUGCUCUUCCAAUUUCCAGCUAUAAGUCUCCAAGUCAUAGGCAUCUCUCCUUAUCGUACAAUUAAUGUCUAAAUUAACUCCUACUAAUUAAUUAACUUCUAUAACUAUUAGCGUUUGUGGUGUCUUCCUCUCUUGCUUAAUUACUUCCUCUGAUGAAGACUACCCUAGAUAAGAGAAUC